CACAUCUCAAAGAAAGAGAGAGAGAGAUCAGCAUGGCCGCAUCUCAACAGGCUGCCCUGGCCGCUCAACAAGCUCAAUCAGCUUUCUCUCAGCAGCAAAACGGGCAAGCAUACGACGCUUCGCAGCAGAGACAGCAGGCUGCUUAUUAUGGUCAGGAUGUGGACGAUGACGAUGCUUAUUUGGAGGAUGGAGACGAGGUUGACUUGAUCCCUGCUGAUUACGGUCAGGCCGAUGACGCGUAUCUUGACGAAGCUGGUCAAGCUGCUUUGCUCGAGGCGCAGCAUGAGCAGCAAGCUCAGGCGCAAGCUGCCGCUUUGGCCGCAGUGCCUGAUCAAGUCCGCAAAUACAUCGUCCUCUUUCAUCAGGCCAUCGUCAACAACUCCAUACCUGAGAUCAGCUCCGCGUACGAGAGCAACUGGAAUCGACUCACUGAAAAGUACUUCCAGAAGACCGAGUGGCCAGAGGCUGAAGUCAUUGCUCCCUUGGUUGGCGACGACCAACGCUUCUUGACGCUGUACAGAGAGCUCUGGUACCGUCACGUUUACUCGCGUCUGUCUCCAGAUGGAGAAGAUCGCUUUCACUCCUACGACAAUUACUGCGAUUUCUUCAACUACGUUCUCAACUCCGAAGGUCCUGUGCCCCUCGAUCUGCCAGCUCAAUGGCUGUGGGACAUCGUGGACGAGUUCAUCUAUCAGUUUCAGAGCUACUCGCAGUGGAGGAAUCGAGUGAACAACAAGACGGAGGACGAGCUGCUUUUGCUGCAAGACGGGGGUGUAUGGAGCAGUUACUCCGUGCUGAACGUGCUGUACUCCCUCAUUCAGAAAAGCCGCAUCACCGAGCAAUUACAAGCUGUGCAGGCUGGUGAGGAUCCCGAAGAGGCGGCAGGCGAAUUUGGCAACAAGCCUCUGUACAAGAUGCUUGGCUAUUUCAGCAUCAUAGGGCUACUGCGCGUCCACGUGCUGCUAGGUGACUACACGCUGGCUCUGAAGAUGCUGGACCACCUGGAACUCAACCGAAAGGGAGGCAGCAUCAUGAACAAGGUGACGGCAUGUCACGUCACCGCGUACUACUAUGUUGGAUUUGCAUACCUUAUGCAACACAGGUACCCGGAUGCCAUUCGGGCCUUUACCCACAUCUUGGUCUUCAUCAUGCGACUCCGGCAAUACCACACAAGGAGCUAUCAGUACGAUCAGAUCAACAAGACUGCAGACAGGAUGUAUGCGCUCUUGGCGAUCGCUUGCGCACUCUGCCCGACGCGGCUGGACGAGAACAUUCAGACCGCCCUGCGCGACAAGUACGGCGAUCAGCUCAACAAGAUGAGCAGAGGGGAGGAGGGUCUGGCAGCAUUUGAAGAGCUUUUCUUGUACGCGUGCCCAAAGUUCAUCACGAGCAAUGCCCCACCGUACCAUGAUGGAGAUGCUCUAGCGGACUACCAAAAAUCCCCGAUGCCAGACCCGGCUCAACAUCAAGUCAAGGUCUUCCUCGCAGACGUAAAGACGCAGCUGUCUAAUGGCAACAUUCGCUCCUUCUUGCGCCUGUACACCAGUCUUGGCACCGACAAGUUGGCGAACUUUCUCGAGGUGGACGAGGAAGAGCUCAUUGAGGAGCUCAUGGUCGCCAAGGCUUCUAGCAGGAGCUUGAAGUGGUCCGAGGGUGGACUUUUGGAGGGUGAGGUCGUCAACACUAGCGAUUUGGACUUUGUCAUCGAUGGCAACAUGGUACACAUCGCAGAAUCCCGUGUUGGUCGCAGAUUUGGCGAGUGGUUCAUGAGACAAGGAAUCCGGAUGAAUCAGACUUUGCACCACAUCAAGUCCAAGCCUUUGCCCAUUCCCGACGACGCCAAUGCCGCUGCUCAGGUUGCCGCAGCCACAGCUACAGGCAGCAAGACGGGCGAUCGAAGGCCGGGCGCAUAUGGUGGUGCGUUUGGAGGUGGCAGAGGAGGGCACGCUGCGAAGAGGGGAGGCGCCAGAGCGGGUGGAGCUUCGACUGGUGGUCCGGCUUGGGGAGGCGCUGGAAUUAGGACUGCUGCUGCAACCACGACCGGCUAGAUUUGAGGCUUCGCAUCAGCUAGCAAGCUCUGCAAAAUGCCAUGUCUGUUGCCACAUCUCUGGCACGACAGAUGUGCGCCCCCCCUCCCGCGAUGGCAAUUGUAUUCAUUACAAGCACAUGAUGGGUCUCUUUUCGGACGCGAACGAGCUUCUCGCACCGU